AUGUAUCUGCUGGCUGUUCUUGGUAACCUAACCAUUACUACGCUUGUGUGCCUGGUGUCUCAACUUCAUACACCAAUGUAUUUCUUCCUGUGCAAUCUGUCAGUUCAGGAUAUUGUGUAUGUCUCUACGGUUAUGCCGAACUUGCUGGUCACUACAAUCACCGGGGACACCAGCAUUUCCUUUACAAGUUGUCUUAAACAAAUUUAUUUCUUUGGGUUGUGUAUAAUUACUGAAUUUUCCUUGCUCACCACUAUGGCGUAUGACCGAUAUGUGGCUAUUUGCAUUCCCCUGAAUUAUCCUCUCAUCAUGAACAAAAUGACCUGCAUUCUUUUAGCCACUUCAUCCUGGCUUCUCGGUGGAAUAAUUUCAUUGACAUUGACUAUGAUGAUGACUAAGUUAUCAUUCUACAAUGCACAAGAAAUCAAUCAUUUCUUCUGUGAUCUCCAAACAGUGCUCAAGCUCUCUUGUAGUGACACCACAAACAUUAUAAUGUUUACAACUAUCUGUGGCACAAUGUUGGGAUGUUUUCCUUUUUUACUGAUACUAACAUCAUAUAUCUACAUCAUAUCUACUAUCCUGAAGAUCCGAACCUCAGCUGGAAGACAAAAGACUUUCUCCAGUUGUUCCUCACAUCUCAUGGUUGUUAUUGUCUUCUAUGGAACAUCCCUAAGCAUGAACAUGAAAACCAAGUCUGAAGACUCUGAGGAAGUAGAUCAAAUUCUCUCCUUGUUUUAUAUAGCUUUGGUUCCAGCUCUAAAUCCACUAGUCUAUAGCUUAAGAAACAGAGAGGUUUUGAAAGCCAUGAAGAAAUGUUUUUAA